GCCAACCCGAAGCACCCUUUCUCGAUAUUAAAUUGAGAGACAGAGUGCAAAUAGCACCCUUUACUAAGCUGAGAAGCUGAUAGAAAAUGGAUCCUAAACUAUACAAAGCUGUUAUGUCAGGUGAUAAAAAUCCCUUCAAUGAAUUAACAAAAUUGGAUCCAAGUAUCCUUCUCAAGGUAACAAUAUCUCAAGAAGACACAAUUCUUCAUGUUGCAGCCAAAUUCAAACAGAAGGAAUUAGCUGAAGAGAUCCUUAAGUUGCAGCCAUCACUUGUUUAUCAAAGGAAUUCAAAAGGUGACACUCCAUUACACAUUGCAGCAAGGUUAGGCAGUGAAGAGGCGGUUGAAUUCUUCAUAGAUUUUUGGAAUAAGACGCCGUCGGCGAGUCGAGAAGUAGUUGAAGGAGCAUUAACAGAGGAAAAGCUACUAAGAAUGGUGAAUUUGGAGAAAGAAACAGCACUACACGAAGCUGUGAAAAAUUACCAUUAUAGAGUUGUGGAGAUGCUAAUCAAAGAAGACCCAGAAUUAGCUGAGUUUACAAAUAAUGCUGGGGAAUCCCCACUCUUUCUGGCUGUGGAUAGAAAAUUUGUUAAUAUUGCUAAACUGAUCUUACAAGUUGAUCAAUGCUCUUUUGAUGGAAGGAACAACAUGAAUGCUUUGCAUGCUGCUGUUGUCCGCUCAAAAAGUGAAGUUCGAAAAUUAUUUCCAUAUUUGGCAACGCUUAUUUUGGAACAUCCUCCCCAAGCAAUAGCCGACCUGAAAGCUUAUGCCGAUUUGAAUUGUUUCAUGAAUCUCUUCAAUAUCCCUUUUAUUUUGAUUAAUUUGGUCUGGCCUAGCCGCAUAAAUACAGCCUUCAUCAAAGGCUUGCUGGAAAAACAUGCGUCAGGAAUCCUGAAAGUCGAUGACUACGGAUGGACUCCUCUUCAUUACGCAGCGUUCUUAGGCAAAUCGAACAUUCUCAAACUGUUUUUGACCUAUGAAUCCGAUGACGAGAAACCAAUAUCCUCCCCUGAUUCAAUUGCAAGCAUUGGAGACAAAGAAGGCAUGACCAUCCUUCAUGUUGCUGCCAAAGAAGGGAGAGUGAAAAUACUGAAAAUACUAGCAAAAUUAUGCCCUGACAUCUGGGAUAUCCAAGAUAACAAAGGCCGGACAGCGCUUCACUUGGCUGUUGAAAAUGAAGAGACUCGAGCGGUCAAGUACAUUUUAAAGACAAAGCUUUCGGAUGGUCUUGUAAAUGAGCAAGAUAAUGAAGGAAAUACCCCUAUGCAUAUAGCUGCAAUCCAAGGAUAUCAAUCGAUAUUUGAGUUAUUCAAAUGGGAUAAAAGGGUUGAUAAGGCAAUUGCCAACAAGAAAGGGCUUGGGGUUUUGGACAUGAUUCGGUUGAAUGAAGAUCUUACCCUUAAUGAAAAGUGUUGGAUGGGAUUCAGCGCUGCAAGGAGAGGCAGCUUAGCAAGUUUGGAAUGUACCAUCGACAGAGGUCAAGACAUGCAUGUGUUCAAAACAAGCAAGCCAAAACAUCCACAGAAAAUAUUACUACCAAGUCCAACGGAAAAUCUUGAGUUGUCUGCCAAGCGCAAGACGAACGAGGACGAGAACGAGAACGAGAACGAAACGAGACGGAGGCCAAUGUUCGAGAAGCUUGAUAACGUGAUUGAUAUACUGGUGAAAUGAAAUUGGUGGCAGUAAUUAAAUUAAGCAUAUGAUGAAAGAUGUGAAAUAAAUUCUUGUUAAUGAGUGUA